AUGUGGAUCUCCAAAGAUAGGGCUGUUCCCGGACCAGUCUUUGGACAUAAAGAUGAGUUCGAGGGUCUAGGGAUCUUCUUCGACACAUACAAGAACAACCGACCAGGAAUCGUCUUUCCAUAUGUCAUGGCCAUGAUGGGUGAUGGUCGGACAAAGUACGAUCAGGCGAAUGAUGGCAAGGCGAAUGAGAUUGGAGGAUGCUCGGCUCGAGGUCUUCGUGCUGCUAGCGUACCUACGAAGGCGAAGUUGACGUACUUCCAAGACAAAUCCUUAAAAUUACAGCUUCAAUACAAAACGGAAGAUCAAUGGUCGACAUGCUUCAGCCUUGAACCGACAACUUCGAUGCCAUUAAAGCUUCCAAACGUGGUCUAUCUGGGCUUCUCGGCAGAGACCGGCGAGCUUUCAGACAAUUUUGAUAUCAUCAGCGUGGAGACGAGGAAUAUGUACAGUACCGGCGGAUCAAGUAGCAGCCCAGGCUCAAAACAGGAGGCAGACAAUAGGAAAGCUGGUGGUAAAGGUGGCAAGGGUCUCGGCAAGGGUGGUGCAAAGCGUCACCGCAAGAUCCUUCGAGACAACAUUCAAGGUAUUACCAAGCCUGCCAUUCGUCGUCUGGCUCGUCGUGGAGGUGUCAAGCGUAUCUCGGCCAUGAUCUACGAAGAGACCCGUGGCGUCCUUAAAUCCUUUCUCGAAUCUGUCAUUCGCGAUGCUGUCACCUAUACUGAGCAUGCAAAGAGAAAGACUGUGACCAGCUUGGACGUGGUCUAUGCUCUGAAACGACAAGGACGUACUCUCUAUGGUUUCGGUGGAUGA